AUGUGUAGUGUUCGCAAUUAUAUUAUGUCAAUCACGCAAUCAGCGGCGUACAAGGAAGCCGGAGACGAAAAAGAUAUCAAUGUCGACUACUUGAUGUUCACUGCACAUAUUAACCCAGACCGCGUUGCAGCUGCGCUAGGUCAUGACGUCACAUACACGUACCGCACGAAGGUCGGCCAUAUUGAUCUCGACACACCCGCCAUUCGCUCUACAGCCUUACGUAAUCUCACACAUGACGCACCAAUAGAGCUGAAGAAGAGGCUGGAUGAGAUAAGACUGCUGGAGUCACGCAAAUCUGCGAGAUUGGCGGAUGUGGACACGGACUUUGCGAGGCUGGCGGACAUGGCUGGUGACCGUCGCCGAGCUUCCGCUACCAUCGAGGUGCCCACACAUCACAUGGGGUCACGCAAGCGCGGCCCAAGUAGCUCCUGUGACCUGGGCUACGGCGAACGCGACGACCAAAUGAACGAGUGCAAUGCUGCGCUGGUCCUCAUGUCGCUCAGCUGUUCGCCCAACUCCCCAAGACCAAGCGCAUGGGGUGGCCGGUCUUCGGUGUCACCAGGAGCCAGCAGCAGCUCAGGUUCCUCCUGGCGCUCAGGCACCCCUUCACCGCCGCCAGUAUCCUCUUCAUUCAGCGACGAGGGUAUCGCUAUGGACUACGAGGAGUUGCAUCCACGCAAGAAAAGGAUAAACAGCGUCGUAUUUGAAUGCACUUGGCGAGGGUGCGGACAUAUCACCAAUAGUUGUUCAUCAAUAGAAGCGCACAUCCGAAACACACACUUGGGGCCAAAGAAGGAGGGUGAGAGUGACCAUGAAGAGGAGUUCUACUACACUGAACGCGAGGUAGCGGCGCCGCCGCCACCGCCCACGCUGUCCCACCGAGACAUGUGCCGCCCACCGCACGAGGAUCCCGACUACCAACGACAACUUGUCGGCUCCUACAGGCAAGGUUUGCUUUCGACUAUGCAGAAUGCUUCCGCUAGGCCGAUAAGCAUACCAGUAAGCCAUGCGUGGUCUACUUCACACUCACCGAAGCAUAUGCGACUGUCGGCGAUGAGCGGCUCGCCCGGCAGCCCCGGGCGACGGCCCAGGUCAGACAACAAGAAGUGCCGCAAAGUAUAUGGCAUGGACCAGCGGGACCUCUGGUGCACGCAAUGCAAAUGGAAGAAGGCGUGCACGCGCUUCAACGAA